UUGUAAACACUAUUGGGCUGAAAGAUGGACGCUUACGACAUACAUAGGAAAAAUUGGGAGGAUUUAGACGUGACCAAAGAAGAGCUGAAAAAUUUGACCGAGUGCUUGAAAAAGGAGGAAUUCCGCAAGAUGUUGAUCGAAUACGUGGAAGAGGUGACUGAUCCGAAAAAUAUGGAGGUCUAUCAAAAAGAAAUUACGUUGUUAGAGAAGAAACGGGGCGUCGACGUUACAUUCGUCGCCCCACAGCCUAGUUACGUCAUAAAAACCAGCAUAAACGGAGACAAAAAAUGUUUUCUAAAUAUUUGCACGAGCGAACUUACAGAUCCGCCGAGCAGUCAACCUUCCUUCGAACAAGGUCAUCAUGGACAACAAUGGUCUAUUCCUUACUUGUUAACACCACCUCGUGAUGACCUUGACAAAAAAAAUGUACGUUGCAAAGUCUUCGAUGUGAUAUUUCAUCCUGAUACCAUUUUCCUAUCGACGAAACACGCAGAACUUCGCAAAAUCGUUAACAGCACAGCUAUAGACGGUGUCGAAAAUAAUUUUAAUGUCAAAUUGGAUAGGAAAAAUAUAAAGUUUCCACAAAUAAGAUACAAAGGGAUAUGUCAUCCAACUGUGAUCAGAAAACCAUCCAAGAGUCAGCCUGAAGAGGAAUUGGACAUAGAACCAGAAAUCUAUCAGAAGCUAAUGGCCAGUUACGACAAGAGCAGACAACCAAGACCCAAGCGUAUGGAGAAAGUGCCAAAGCGGUCACCUUCUACCAAAUAUUAUAACAAGAAAGCAAAUAAAAGUACAGACACAGAUAACAAAUUUACGACACCAAAAUUUUCUAUAAAACACCAAUCCGACGUAGAGCUAGAAGAUUUUAGCACGAACAGAAAUGCAAAAAUGAAUGCUACGGUACCUAAGAGAUUAAUCAUCACUAUAGAUCUACCCCUACUAAAAACUGCCACCGAUGCUUCUCUAGAUGUACAAGAACGUUAUCUCAGCAUAAAGAGCAUAAAACCUGCAAAAUAUUUAUUGGAGCUUCCUCUACCUUAUCGUGUGGAUGCAGACAGGGGUAAUGCUAAGUUUGAUGCAAAACACAAGAAGCUUGUUGUUACGCUACCAGUUAUACAACCAGUGGUAUCGGUAUCUAAUACCAAAGAGGACAGUGGAGUAAAUAGUGAUCCUUGUAACUUUGGUAAUACUGUGCCGCUACUACUAGAAGAUUCCAUGGAAGAUUCUUCUAGUCAGAGUCAUGAGAGUAACUGUACACCAAAAUUAGUUGAAGAAUGUGAAACAGUGCUUGCAACUACAAAAACGGAAUAUGAGAGCAAAAAUGUAGAAGAUUCUCCUAGUCAGAGUCAUGAGAGUAACUGUACACCAAAAUUAGUUGAAGAAUGUGAAACAGUGCUUGCAACUACAAAAACGGAAUAUGAGAGCGAAAAUGUAGAAGAUUCUCCUAGUCAGAGUCAUGAGAGUAACUGUACACCAAAAUUAGUUGAAGAAUGUGAAACAGUGCUUGCAACUACAAAAACGGAAUAUGAGAGCGAAAAUGUAGAAGAUUCUAGUGAUACGACAUUACGGACUAGCAAAAAAAAUAUAAGCACAUUUUUAGAUCCUAGCAUUAAGUAUUCACUGCCAACAUUUAUUUGUAAUUUAUGUAAGAAUCAAUUAACGAUUACUGUGAAUCUAAAAAAUGUCAAUCCAGAUUCUAUUCGCUAUAGAAUUUUACAAAAUAAUUUAGGGAUACACGCUUUACUAACAUCUGUAGGUACAGGAUUUUUUCCACAGCACUAUUCGUUAUGUUUAAAAAUAACCGAGAAUUCUGUAAAUCCUGAUUCGGUCACGGUCGAACCGUGGGAUAACAAUGUUGUAUUUACUAUUAUGUUAAAAGAUAUGGAAAAUGUAGAACAGUACUACGUUGGUAUAGACGAAGAGUUCAUGGAACAGAAACAUUUUUCUAACGUUGCGUGUUUCGAGAAUCAACUAGAAAAAUUAACGACUAAAGACGAUGACGAGGCGAAUCAAGGAAUCGAGGUACAAACAGAGGAUGGUGGCUUCGUUAUAAAUAUUAGCCCAAACCAUUUAGAUACGGACGAUGAAGCUGAACGACAUAGUACAACAUCGAUGGAAGAACGACCAAAUCUUUGUCAUACUGUAACAAAGACUAGAUCUGUUUCAGAGAGCAGCGGAGAUGAGUUGAUAAGUAAUAAUAUAACAGGUACAUUCCCAAAAAGUAUAUUAAGAUCGCAACGCAAUCAUAAUCUUUCGCGUUCAGUAUCCGAAUCGAGUGCCGAUGAAAUUGGAACGGCUGCAUCGUCUAUAGAUUGUCAUUACGAUUCGAUACCGGAUCUAAAUUCUGAAUUAGAUUGUUCCAGCUUAAAAAAGACAGUACGAUUCAACGACGUAGUAUCGCGACAACUAUUCAGAUCGAAUUCCAGCAUUCUUGGCCAACGUAAAAAGAACCAACGUAAAUUACGAAAUAAAAGGCGUGCCUAUGAACGGAAAAUGAGCGAAAGCGAAAUUUCCGAAACGGAGGACCGUGAUAAGUACAAAGGAAAUCAAAAAAAUACAGAAGUCUCUGAGACUGUAACGAGUAUCAAAGAAGAAAUGAAUGAAAUUCGUUCGAACAACUCGGAUGACACUGCCAAGGACGAGGUUAAAGCACAAUUCAAGAACGACUUGAUAUUCGACCUUGAUAUGUAGAUUUUGUUAGUUCACCAACGGAGGCGUUUUAUAAUGUGUAUGUGAUAAUCUUUUUAAAGCGAAUUUGAAAACUUUGAAAGCUUUUAAAGCGAAUUAAGAUGGUUUAUUGACCGUCUUCGAGGAAUUAGAUAAAAAUAUGGAAUCUACUUAGAAUUAUGUGAUAAUUUGGUAAAAUUGUAUAUUCGUACUAAUGUAGAAGGUUCUCAAAGAAACAAUCCUAGAUAGAAUUUUUUCGUUCGAUAGUUCAAAAACAUCGACCUUACUCUAUAUAAUAUUUUAUCUUCUAUAUUUAUAAAAUAUAAUGUGAAAAUAAGAAUCUUUUGAAUGUUUCUCGCGCGAUCUAUUUUGAAUUUUAACUAUUUCGUAUAGAAGAAGUAGAAGGAUCAUGUUUUUUAAAAUUUUUUGGGAGGAAAUCUAUUUUAUAAAAUGGAAUGGAACGUAACGAGUACACCUUUGCAACAAUCACGAUAUAAUCUACGUCACGAUUACAACAUGUAACUCCAUUGUCGGAGUAAAUAAUGCACUUGCUUUCUUAGUGAAGCGUUUGCCAUAUCAGCAUGCACGUAACACAAUACUAGCAUAUUCUACUCAACAGAGAAAUGGGAAUAAAACUUCACGAUACGAUCGACUUUAAUUCAUCGUUUCUAUGAAAUUUGAUUCCAAAAUUCUCAGACCGUACUAUCAUUAUGAGAAACGUUUACAAUAUAUUUUAAACAAAUAA